AUGUCAUAUUCAAAAAUAUUUUCAGAUUUACCUGAAUUAACAUAUGAAGUUAUAAAAUAUUUUAAGAAUGAUUUUUCAACUUUACAUUCAUGUAUAUUAGUUAACAGAUUAUGGUGUCGUUUAGCGAUUCCAUUAUUAUGGGAAAAUCCUUUUUCGAUUCCUACUGGAAAUUAUAAUUUUAUUGGAAUUUAUUUACAUAAUUUAAAUGGUGAUUUAAAAGCACAAUUAAAUGAAUAUAAAAUUGAUGGUAAUUUAUUUCCUUCAAAUACACUUUUCAAUUAUCCCAUUUUUUUAAAAUAUUUGUAUACAUGGAAAAUUAUUUCUUCUAUUGAAGAAUGGUCUAAAGAUGUUGAACUCGAAUAUAGCUCAAUACUUGAAUUUAAGAGACUCAUUCACAUGUCAUUAUUUAAAGUAAUUAUUAAAAAUAAAGUAAACAUACAUACUUUUGAUAUUCAUAUCACCUAUCACUGGUCAAAGUGGGGUGAUGUGCAAUAUAUUUACAUCAGAGAAAUUUUACGCACACGUCACAUUUCAUAUUGA